UAUUCACUUUGAACGUUGGCGAACGAAUUUUUUUUAGUUUAUAGAGUAUUUCAAAGUUUAAACAAAAUGCCAUUCAUUUGCGAUGACAUCAAUUGGAGAUAUGUUGAUGAAGAGGAUCAAUAUGACAAAAGUCGAUAUGUUGUCGUACGAAAGCUUCACAUCACAUUAAAUACAGGACCUUGGCAAGUUUUGGAAUUGUCACAAUUUACACCGGAUGAAAUUCGUCGGCGACUCCGAAAGUUUGGAGACAUUGAAUCUAUAGAUAUGUUAUCGUCUAUCGAGGCUGAUGUUACGUUUGUUUGCGAUCGAAAUGCAUAUUUGGCGCAGUUGCAACAGGACUAUGACAUUCAAAUCAGAAGACAACGACCAUUUCGCAUCCGUCCAGCCGACACCUGGAACCAACCUCAAGAUGUAUCAACUGAACCCAUCGAUGAAUCUGUACAAACAUCUGAAAUAUUCAAUUUGAAUGAAGACUGUCUAUUGUAUUUGUUCAGAUUUUUGGAUCUUGAUUCGCAGGUCCAUUUAUCCGAAGUUUGUAAGCUUUUUGCACAACUUUUGCAUAAACAUUGUUUUCCGCGAGUUCGAUAUUUUUCGGUGGAAAAUGAUGGUCACAAUAUUCAAAUGCCAUUGGCAAAAAUGAGACGAACUUUACGUUGCAUUGGAGCUCAUAUUACAGACUUAAAGUACACAUGUAAUAUUUAUAACGAUGUUCAGUCAAUGAUGCGAUUUGUAGAGGUGUUGGCUCAGUUCGUUGGGCCAAACUUGCGACGAGCUCAAUUUUUAAACAGUCUCAUCUGUAUGGGAAAACAAAUAUCGACACUUGCACCAAUCCUACGAAAUUUAGAAUCAUUAGAAAUAUAUGAUUCGCUUCACGAUUGCUAUGAUGAUAUCGAUUUCGAAGAAAUAUGCCCAAAUUUAACGGAAUUGAAAUUGAAAUUGAAUAUGCGAUUGGAAAAAUGUUGUAAGCCAUGGCGACAACUACAACAUCUCUCGGUAUUGUCGAAUGAAUUUCUCAAUACGAUAACAUUUGUGGAUUUUUUGGAACAAAAUCCACGAUUGAAAACGAUAGAAUUCGAUGUAUUUGAGAGUGAUGUUAAGUUAGGUGCGAUUGGUAAACAUCUACCAAUGUUAGAAAAAUUAACAAUGGAUUCCAUCGAUGUAAGUUUGGGACCAUGGGAUUUUCAACACAUUGCAGCCUUACAAUUGACCGAAAUUAAUUUGAUGACACUGAAUUAUGAGCAUUUAAGUGGUUUUUUCGAUUGUCUGAGUACAUUCACAAGAUUACGUAAAAUUGAUUUUCAUGCAACACGUCCACUGGCCGAAGAAGAUGACGAAAAAGACUAUGAACGAUCAUUGGUUAAUAUGGUUAAAUCGUUACCAGAGCUUGAAGAAUUCUCGCUUAGAUCUGUAUCAAUCACUGAGAAGACUUUACUUGAAUUUUUAAGAUCUGCGCAGCAGCUGAAGAUUAUCCAUACACAUUGGUGUCUAUUGAAGUUCUCGGAUAUACUUAUUUUAGAUAUUGUUGGCAUUUUAAAGUGCAUUCGACCAAAUAAGAAUUUGUUAUUUUAUGUGGAUCCAGCUGAUUAUAUCUGUAUACGUGUUACACGAAAUGAAGACGUUAAACAGUAUCUUAGCAUUAGUUCGAAAUGUCAACAUUUAGGAUUUUGA